AUGAGUGAUAAAAGUACAAAAAGUAAACAUGAUGAAUUAAUUGAAAAGUUUAGUCAUGAACCUGAUAUUCAACGAAAAUUGGAACGUGUUAUCUUGAUCUCUAUUGAUAAAUCAUCAGCUGAUUAUAUCUUAAAAUGGGCAUUGAUCAACUUUAUUCAACCACAAAAAGAUCUCGUAGUACUUGUCAAUACAAGAAGGAUUGAUGCUGCAGUAGGUCCUUAUGUAAAUCCAUCUGGCUUUGUUGAAGAAUUAGAUAGUAGUAAACGAGAAGCAAGUAUUUCUUUAUUGAAAGAAAAUGCAAGAAAACUCCGUGAUCAACAUAUUGCCUGUCAAGCCAUUGCAUUAAUUGGUGAUCCUGAAGAAGAAAUUAUACGUAAAGUCAAGGAAAUUAAAGCUGAUGUGCUUUUAAUGGGUUCUCGAAAAUUAGGUGCUAUCAAAAGAGCCUUCCUAGGAAGUGUAAGUGAUUAUUGUGUUCAUCACUGUCCAUGCGCUGUUGUUAUUGCCAGACCAGAUGAAGAUGAAAUAGUUAAAGAUAAAACCAGAAGACGAUCCAUCUUUUCUUUAUAACAUGUUGUACAAUUCAUUCCAUAAGUUUAGUGACAAAGUUAAAAAAUAAAUAAAUAUGGGACAAAGUGUGAGAGAGACCAAGUCCUUUAUUAUAUAAA